AUGGAGGCACUGCAGUGGAUUCUCUCAGCUGGGACCAAUUUCUUCGAAGGGAUCCAGCUGAGCAACGACCUGGUCCGCCUCCAAGCCACCUUGCCCAAGGCUCGCAUGCUCAUCUGUCGCAGCGAGUGGGGCAUGUUCAAGGACAAGCAGCUCGCGAAGCUUCUCUCGCAUCUCAAGGACACCACCUACGAUGCAGAGGACCUUCUCCGCCAGCUGGAUGAUCAAGUGCUGCGGCAAAGGAUAGAGGACGCUGAUCGGAGCAGGGCAGGUCAACUCUUAUCUUCCUCUCUGAAUCUUGCCAAAACUUAUAUCCGUGGUAGCAAAGCAAGGAUAAAGGAGACCCAAGAGAAGCUCGACAAGGUCGUGGCUGAGAUCGAGGGGAUGCUCAAUCUUAUGGGUCUUAUGAGCGUUGAGCCAUCGCAGAUCAUGCCGGAGACGAGUUCAGUUAUCAGCGCUCCGGAAGUUGUUGGUCGCGAUGGUGAACGAAAUGCAUUGAUUGAGAUGCUUGGUGUGAUGAUUGGGCGUGAGGCCCAACGGGAUCAGGUGAUCAAACUAUUGGGAGUGCCACUCACCAGGGGUAGGAGAUCUGCAGGGUCUAAUGGGAAGAGAACAACAGCUGGCAGUGGUGUCGCAUCUACAUCCAGAGCCAAGCAACCAAAAGGAAACAACGGCAGGGCUGGACAUGCUGAGAUUAACUGCAAAAGCAAUGUUUCUGUCAUCCCGAUUGUUGGCAUUGGCGGUGUGGGGAAGACUACCCUGGCUCAGUACAUCUACAAUGAUCCAAGGGUGAAAAACCACUUUGGUGUGAUGAUAUGGGUCUGUGUCUCAGACUUCUUUGACAAGAAAAGGAUAACAAAGGAGAUCAUUGAAUCCAUCCCUGGGGAGGAAUUCAACCCAUCCUGCAGUCUAAAUGCUCUUCAGAUCGAAUUGAUGGAGCGGCUCAAGAUGUGCCCAAAAUUCCUUUUGGUGUUAGAUGACGUUUGGCCGAACGCUAAUGCUGAUUGGGAGGCAUUUUAUGCACCACUGAGGCGUGGACCUGAAGGCAGCAUGAUCUUAGUGACUACAAGAUGUCCAGUGGUUGCUACUCGUGUGACCACAAGCAACUGUGAGCCUUUCCAUCUCGAAGGAUUGCCUACUGAUGUAUUUUGGGACUUCUUUAAGAAGUGUGCAUUUGGUAGAAAUGACCCAGAGUCAUAUCCUCAUUUGCAAGAUAUUGGUCGGAGUAUUUCGACUAGGUUGUGUGGGUCUCCUUUGGCUGCAAAAACACUUGGGCGCUUGUUGAGUAUGAGGCUGACAGAACAACACUGGAGGACUAUCCAGAAGAGUGAACUGUGGGAGCUACGGCAUGAAGAGAACGAGAUAUUACCAGCCCUUCAACUGAGCUAUUUGUAUCUCCCAGAAGAGGUAAAGACAUGUUUCAUGUUUUGCUCCAUGUUUCCGAAGGAUUAUAGCUUUGAAAGAGACAAGAUAGUUGACAUUUGGGUGGCAGAGGGCUUUGUUGCGCCAGAGGGGAGCAUGCGUUCUGAAGAUGUGGGGAUUUGUUACUUGGAUGAAAUGAGGAACAGAUUUCUUUUUCAAGCUGAUCCAAAGUUCCCGAAUAAAGCAAGAUACGUAAUGCAUGACCUGAUCCAUGAUAUGGCAGUGUCCUUUUCUAUGGAUGAAUGCUUUGUAAUGCAAGAUUUAAGCAACCGAAUGCAUAGUACAGUCCGUCACAUGUCAAUUGAAGUGGAUGGUGAAUCCUUGACCAGAAUGGGAGACAUUCAACAUUUCAAUAAAUUGCAUUCGCUUAGGUUCAUAAUCGGAUUUGAUGUUGAAAUUACCUGGUUCAAUCAGCUUUCCAACAUUCUAUAUUUGAGCCUAAAAGGUUGCAAACUGGUAAAGCUGCCCGAAAGCAUAUGUGAGUUGAAUAGUCUCCGUUAUCUUGACAUAUCUCAUAGCAGUGUACAAGAAUUACCCGAGAAACUCUGGUGCCUUUACAGCCUACAAGUUCUUGAUGCAAGUCGUUCAAGUCUGAAAACAAUCCAUCAGGAUGUAACAAAGCUAAUCAACUUGCGUCAGCUAGCACUUCCAGUGGGUGCCUCUCAAGCCUUAUCAAAGGUCAGUGGUCUUGGAAAUCUGUCUUGCCUACGAGACUUGAGUGAAUUUAGAGUUGCCAAAGAGAAUGGUAGGGGAAUUGGUGAGCUGAAGUUCAUGAAUCAUCUCAAUGGAACGCUCGCUAUCAGAUCUCUUAUUCAUGUUGGGAGCGUGCAAGAGGCUGCUGAGGCUAGACUUAUUGACAAGCAAUACCUCAAGGAACUUGUUCUACAGUGGCGUCAGAAAUCUAUAUUUACUUUGGUGAACAGUGAUAAUGAAGUGUUGGAACAUUUGCGUCCUCAUUCAAGAAUUGAAUGCCUUAAAAUCCUUGGCUUUGCGGGUGAUACGCUUCCAAGCUGGUUUAAACCAGAAGACUUACCAACUUUAAGAAGCCUGGAGCUUUCCUAUUGUGGUUGCUUUCAAAGUUUAUCAAUCCCCUGCUUGGCUGAUAGAACACAAGCUGGUUUAGCGGGGGGUGAUGGAACACAACAUGCAAGCAGCAGCGGCAGUCACAACAAUGGCAUUGCCCCCUUUGCCUUUACAUGCCUCACUGCUUUACGUGUUUACAGAUGCAUUGGGCUAACAAAUCUCGAGCAAUUCUUGAUCCCAGAGACACUGCCAUCCAUCAAGUCGAUAGUGCUUGAGCGCUGUUCGCAUCUAAAAUCAAUACCAGUCCAUCGUUUUGCUGAAUUUGUUUGCCUACAGGACCUGAAAAUCUGUCGAUGUCGCAGGCUGGAGUGCCCACGGGAAAUGGUUUUGCCCACCUCUCUCCGACGACUCUGUAUCGUGGCUUGCAAUUAUGAGCUGGAAAGGUCAUUUCCAGCCUGCCUAGAGAACCUCGCCUCUCUCACCCUCCUGCAGUUGGUUUAUUGUGAUAGCGUCAAGUGCAUCCCGUUGAACUCGAUCGCCUCAAACAUGCUGAAAUGCCUGGUUAUACGUCUUUGCCUGGAGUUGUCAUCCAUCGGAGGAUUGCAGGGCCUUGCAUCCAUACAGCACAUCCAGCUAUCUGACUGCCCAAAGCUUACCGAGGUACAGCUGCCGUUCGAGAAGAAGGAACUGCGGACCAAAGAGGGGAAGGAACUGCUCAAAUUUCUUCACUAG